UCCCGGCAAUAUAGCCUCUUCUAACUUUUGAAUUUUGUUUACCAUAUGACUCAUUCCAGAUGUCAGACUUAUCAUUUAUCAAAAAAAAUUAAUUUGCCAGGAACGGAAACUAUUUAAAAGAUUACGAUUACAAAAUUAAAUAAUAAACAAGAGUAAGUACGCUGUUAUGUGACGGAAUUAUAAACGAAUCAAUCAGUAGUAAACUGAUACCGUUUUAAAAAUGCUCGCACCAGAAGAGGGCUCGACGAACAAUGACGCCCCAUUGGUAGGCAACAAUUUAAUAAGGAAAAUAUCUGGUAUAUUUAAUAGAAAUCAAGACAGUUCUGGUAGUAAUAAUGGCAUGGGUUAUGUGGAAUUCGGAACAUUUUCAGAAGAAUCUAGUACUAGAACUUUGGGGACCUUUGCUGGAGUUUUUGCCCCAGUUACAUUGUCUAUGUUUUCAGCACUUAUUUUUCUUCGAAUGGGUUACAUAGUGGGAAAUGCUGGUUUACUGAUAACUUUAACUCAAUUCCUAAUAGCUUAUUCAAUACUUGUAUUCACUGUGAUGUCUGUAUGUGCUAUAUCGACAAAUGGAGCUGUUGAAGGAGGAGGCGCGUAUUUCAUGAUUAGUAGAACAUUAGGCCCUGAAUUUGGUGGAUCCAUUGGUACUCUAUUUUUCCUCGCCAAUAUAGUCAGCAGCGCCCUCUACAUAUCUGGAUGCGUUGAGGGUUUAGUUGAAAAUUUUGGACCUUCAGGUUAUCUACUUGAGGGCGUUUUACCAGAUGACAGGUGGUACAGAUUUUUGUACUGCAGUUCCUUGAACGUUUUGAAUCUUUUGAUAUGUCUUAUUGGAGCUUCAAUGUUUGCUAAAACUACUGUGUUCAUAUUGGUGUUGGUCUGCGGAUGUCUAGCCAUCACGUUUUUUUCUUUUUUUUAUGAAGGCUUUAUUGAGGUACCUAUACCCGAUUCCAACACCUUAAUACAAAACGUGACUGAUCACGUAAGAAGGAAUUACACAGGACUUCUAGGUUCUACCUUGAGCAGUAAUUUAUAUCCCCAUUACGGCCGCGACUAUACGGCAAAAGGAGAGAUAGUUACUUUCGCUAGCGUAUUUGGAGUUUUGUUUUCUGGGGUUACAGGUAUCAUGGCGGGUGCUAAUAUGAGCGGAGAGCUGAAGAGUCCCGGUAAGUCGAUACCCAGAGGUACCCUUUCUGCUAUUGGUUUCACUUUCGUCAUUUAUGUGUCAAUAUCUUUGCUGACAGCAGCCACAUGUACUAAGGAACUGUUGCAGAACGAUUAUAUUUACAUGUCAGGCAUUAGCGCGUUUCCGCCAAGCGUUGCGAUUGGUUUGUUAACUGCCACGUGGUCGGCUGCUCUUAGCAACGUUAUCGGAGCUUCUAGGGUUAUGGAAGCUCUGGCUAAGGAUAAGGUUUUCGGUAACAUAUUUAAUUUCAUCACCAAAGGAACGUGGAAAGGCAAUCCGGUGGCAGCAGUAUUACUAUCAGCUCUACUAGUACAAUUCGUACUGUUAAUCGGUUCUCUCAAUCUCAUAGCUCAAUUAAACACCGUUCUAUUUCUACUGAGCUAUCUAGCCACCAACGUAGCUUGUCUCGGUCUCGAAGUGGCCGGAGCCCCAAAUUUCCGUCCCACGUUCAUGUAUUUCACCUGGCACACAGCUCUCUUUGCUCUAUUAGGUACUCUAAUUAUGAUGUUUGUAACCAGCGCUAUAUACGCGGCUUGCAGUAUCCUAUUAUGUUUGAUAUUAGUGGUCGGAUUGCAUCUGUUUUCCCCGUCCAAAGAAGCCCAAUGGGGCAGCAUAUCCCAAGCGCUAAUAUUCCAUCAAGUUCGCAAAUAUUUGUUACUGUUAGAUUCCCGUAAAGAUCACGUCAAAUUUUGGCGACCGCAAAUUCUUUUAUUAGUCAACAGUCCAAGAUCUUCCUGUCCUCUGAUAGAUUUCGUGAACGAUCUGAAAAAAGGCGGGUUGUACGUGUUGGGACACGUGGAAACCGAAGAGGUCGUUGGAGAUAGUAACACGCAGGAUCCCACGUUGGCUCAGGUGCCGCAUUGGUUGAAUUUGAUCGAUCAUUUGAAGGUGAAGGCUUUCGUGGAGUUGACGGUGGCUAAAAGCGUGAGAGAGGGGUUGCUGCAUUUGAUGCGAUUGUCCGGGAUGGGUGCCAUGAAGCCCAAUACUGUAAUAUUAGGGUUUUUGGAUAAUGAAGAGCCGCAGGAUUUUUUGCAAAGUAACGAUUCCGUAUAUCAAAACCACGAUUUCGAAAAUGACGUAUUUCCACUUAAAACCCAAAGCGUUUUGGAAUCUUCUGAAUACGUUCGAAUGAUGAGAGAAGUUUUGAGAAUGAACAAAAAUUUAUGCCUUUGUAGGAACUUUAGUAAAUUAAGGAAAGACGCCAGGAGCGUCCGAAGCAAAACUUACAUCGACGUGUGGCCGGUGAACUUCCUCAACCCUGGUGAAAACGAUUCCUUCGAUACGACAUCGUUGUUCAUGAUGCAGCUGGCGUGCAUCGUGAACAUGGUGCCGUUGUGGAGCAAACUCAAAUUGAGGGUGUGCGUUUGCGACGAAGCCAGAACCAGUUAUUUCGCUUUCGAUUCGUCGACGCAGAGUCACGGCGAGAAAUUGGAGAAUCUGUUGAAGAAGUUGCGUAUCGAAGCAGAAUUGUUUCCGGUAAACGGUUGGAAGAACGUGAUCGAAUCGCACGGGAACGAGAACGAACGAUACGCCAAAAGCGUGAACACAUUGAUAUUACAACAAACUGCUGAGACGGCGAUUACUUUUAUCUACCUUCCGGCGCCGCCCAGCGACGAUGCCGAAUUGGACGGUUUUUACGACAGUUUAGAGAUAUUUUCCAAAAAUCUACCGCCGACCAUUUUCGUGCACGGCGUCAAAAUAGUCACUUCCACGACUUUAUAAAAAUUUAAUAUCGUCGACUUUGACUUUGAACAAAUUCGUUACAUAUCAUCGUCAUGUGCGUUAUUACUAUUAUUAGUUGCAAGAUUUUAAAUAGUAUACCUGUUGAUAUUCUAAAGUGAAAAAAGAACAAAAUAAAACUUGUUGGUAAAUGGGGUAUGAUGGUAUUGGUGCAUAUGAAAAGGUUUUGGAAGAAAUUAAAAUUCUCUGCA